AUUUCACGGAGAUGAUUCAAAAGGAUGUCAACCCUAGCAUGAGGGCAAUUUUGAUAGACUGGCUCGUGAAAGUUGCUGAAGAAUAUCGUCUGGCUCCUAAUACCUUGUACCUGACAAUCAACUACAUCGACCGUUAUCUUUCUGGCAACAAGAUCAACCGCCAAAGGCUGCAAUUACUUGGUGUUGCUUGCAUGCUUAUAGCGGCGUAAGAUUUUUUGUCUCCUCCCCUUUAUUUCUUUCAGUUAUCAUUAGGUUGUUGGCAUGCUUGAUUUUGACGUCUUGAAAACUUCAAAUCCAUAAAAUACGAGGAGAUAUGUGCACCCGAGGUAGAAGAAUUCUGCUACAUAACAGACAAUACAUACUUCAAAGACGAGGUUCUAGAAAUGGAAGCUUUUUUUGCUGAACUACUUGAAGUUUGAAAUGACAGCGCCUACGACAAAGUGUUUCUUGAGGAGAGGGAGAGAGGGCGGAGAAAGCAUAGGAUUCGAGGUUGUCACGCUCGACGGUAGAACUGGACCCCUUUCCUCACAUGAGCGACAAAAUGAACCCCAGUGACUUGGUGAAGCUGAUUGAGAUUCUGGACCCUUCAAACAAACCUGGAAGGAUCACCAUAAUUACAAGGAUGGGGGAAGAGAACAUGAGAGUGAAGUUGCCUCAUCUCAUCCGUGUUGUUCGCAAUGCUGGAUUGAUUAUCACAUGGAUUACUGAUCCUAUGCGUGGAAACACCAGCAAGGCCCCUUGUGGCCUGAAGAUUCGUCCAUUCGACUCAAUUCUGGCUGAAGUGCGUGCAUUCUUCGACGUGCAUGAUCAAGAAGGAAGUCACCCAGGAGGCAUCCACCUUGAAAUGACUGGGCAGAACGUGACCGAGUGCAUUGGUGGAUCAAGGACUGUGACCUUUGAUGACCUGAGCGACCGCUACCACACCCACUGUGACCCAAGGCUGAACGCCUCCCAGUCCCUGGAGCUUGCCUUCAUCAUUGCAGAGAGGCUCAGGAAGAGGAGGAUGCGGUCGGGGCUCUACAACAGCCUGCCUCUGCCACCACUGGCUUUCUAAGUAGCCGAAGCUGAACAGAGAAGGUAGAGGGAUAGUUGCGGCGACUCAAAAGAUUACGCCUAUUUAUUUGUUGAUGCUUGGUGUGGAGGCCUGGUGGGUGCUCUUGGCACAAGUUACAUGCUGGAGAACAAAGGACGCGGGACACGGUGUCUGUGACUACUAACCAGUUGACAAGCAUAGAGCAGCCGUCGUCUUCGUGCAAGACGAGGAGGCCGGAGUCGUCGAGGACGAGCAACGUGGAGGCCCAGACUCAACACCAGUGCCUGGACUAAAAUGAGAGGUGCUUAAUCUCAACGCUCUCGUUCCAGAUGUGGACGAAUCAGAUGCAAGAUAUGUUGAACUCAAAAAAAGGGUGACAAUGCAUUUCGACAGAAGGAAUUUACUACUGCCAUUGAUUUCUAUUCCCAGGUUUAAUGUGUUCUGCUCUUCUAUUUUAUAUGGAUGUCACAUAGAUGCUGGAGUUGCAUGAUUGGAUGUGAUUAGAGUCAUAGGUUCAAUGUCUUCCAAUAUGAUCCCUAAUAUAUUAAGGCACUAAUGGAAAACAGCUCUGGGUUAUAUACGCUAAAAAUAUUGCUGUUAGAACAGGUAUAUUGCAUAUCAAUGCAUUUUAUCAUAGUA